GUCAUGACGUCUCGCUCCUCCGUGCACUUCCCGGGCUCGGGCCAGUCACGUGAUCAGCGUUUUCGCGCGAAAACUUUCCUGGUGACCCGCGCGGCGGAAAGAAGAGCGCGGCGAUGGCGGAAUCCUCAGAGUCCUUCUCAGUGGCAUCGAGUCCAGCCCCGCGCCGCGGAGCCAAUGAUCCCCUCACCUCCAGCCCUGGGCGCAGCUCCAGGCGCACCGAUGCGCUGACCUCCAGCCCUGGCCGAGACCUUCCCCCCUUCGAGGAUGAGUCUGAGGGGCUGCUGGGCACAGAGGGGCCCAUGGAGGAAGAAGAGGAUGGAGAAGAGCUCAUCGGUGAUGGCAUGGAGAGAGACUACCGUGCCAUCCCGGAGCUGGAUGCAUAUGAGGCUGAAGGAUUGGCCCUGGACGAUGAGGAUGUGGAAGAGCUGACGGCUAGUCAGAGGGAGGCUGCAGAGAGGGCCAUGCGACAGCGUGAUCGGGAGACUGGCCGUGGACUAGGCCGCAUGCGCAGGGGUCUCCUGUAUGACAGCGAUGAGGAGAAUGAGGAGCGGCCUGCCCGAAAGCGCCGUCAAGUAGAGCGUGCCACAGAGGACGGUGAGGAUGAGGAGGACAUGAUUGAAAGCAUCGAAAACCUGGAGGACCUCAAAGGCCACUCGGUGCGUGAGUGGGUGAGCCUGGCAGGCCCCCGGCUGGAGAUCCACCACCGCUUCAAGAACUUCCUGCGCACCCAUGUGGACAGCCAUGGCCACAAUGUGUUCAAGGAGCGCAUCAGCGACAUGUGCAAAGAGAAUCGUGAGAGCCUGGUGGUAAACUAUGAGGACCUGGCAGCCCGCGAGCACGUCCUGGCCUACUUCCUGCCCGAGGCACCCGCUGAGCUGCUACAGAUCUUUGAUGAGGCCGCCCUGGAGGUGGUGCUGGCCAUGUACCCCAAGUACGACCGCAUUGCCAGCCACAUCCAUGUCCGAAUCUCCCACCUGCCCCUGGUGGAGGAACUGCGCUCGCUGAGGCAGCUUCACCUGAACCAGCUGAUCCGCACCAGUGGGGUGGUGACCAGCUGCACUGGCGUCCUGCCGCAGCUCAGCAUGGUCAAGUACAACUGCAGCAAGUGCAACUUCGUGCUGGGGCCUUUCUGCCAGUCCCAGAAUCAGGAGGUGAAGCCGGGCUCAUGCCCUGAGUGCCAGUCAGUUGGCCCCUUCGAGGUCAACAUGGAGGAGACCAUCUAUCAGAACUACCAGCGCAUCCGGAUCCAGGAGAGUCCCGGCAAAGUGGCGGCUGGCCGCCUGCCCCGUUCCAAAGAUGCCAUUCUCCUCGCUGAUCUGGUGGACAGCUGCAAGCCAGGAGAUGAGAUAGAGCUGACAGGUAUCUAUCAUAACAACUAUGACGGCUCCCUCAACACUGCCAAUGGCUUUCCGGUGUUUGCCACUGUCAUCCUGGCCAACCAUGUGGCCAAGAAGGACAACAAGGUAGCCGUCGGGGAGCUGACGGACGAGGACGUGAAGAUGAUCACCAGCCUUUCCAAGGACCAGCAGAUCGGAGAGAAGAUCUUUGCCAGCAUCGCACCUUCCAUCUAUGGGCAUGAGGACAUCAAGAGAGGCCUAGCUCUGGCCCUGUUUGGAGGAGAACCCAAAAACCCAGGCGGGAAGCACAAGGUACGAGGCGACAUCAACAUGCUCUUGUGUGGGGACCCCGGUACUGCAAAGUCUCAGUUCCUCAAGUACAUUGAGAAGGUGUCUAGCCGAGCCAUCUUCACCACCGGCCAGGGCGCCUCAGCUGUAGGCCUCACAGCCUAUGUGCAGCGGCAUCCAGUCAGCAGGGAAUGGACCUUAGAGGCUGGAGCUCUGGUUCUGGCUGACCGGGGCGUGUGUCUCAUCGAUGAGUUUGACAAGAUGAACGACCAGGACAGAACCAGCAUCCAUGAGGCCAUGGAGCAGCAGAGCAUCUCCAUCUCCAAGGCCGGCAUCGUCACCUCCCUGCAGGCCCGCUGCACUGUCAUUGCCGCUGCCAACCCCAUCGGGGGCCGCUAUGAUCCCUCACUGACCUUCUCGGAGAAUGUGGACCUCACGGAGCCCAUCAUUUCCCGCUUUGACAUCCUGUGUGUGGUGAGGGACACCGUGGACCCAGUUCAGGAUGAGAUGCUGGCCCGCUUUGUGGUAGGCAGCCACAUCAGACACCACCCCAGCAACAAGAAGGAUGAGGGGCUAGCCGGCGGUGUCUCAGAGCCCACCGUGCCCAACACGUACGGGGUGGAGCCCCUCCCUCAGGAAGUCCUGAAGAAGUACAUCAUCUAUGCCAAGGAGAGGGUCCACCCAAAGCUCAACCAGAUGGACCAGGACAAGGUGGCCAGGAUGUACAGCGACCUGAGAAAAGAAUCCAUGGCAACAGGCAGCAUCCCCAUCACGGUGCGCCACAUCGAAUCCAUGAUCCGCAUGGCCGAGGCCCAUGCACGCAUGCAUCUGCGGAACUAUGUGAUUGAAGAUGAUGUCAACAUGGCCAUCCGGGUGAUGCUGGAGAGCUUCAUCGACACGCAGAAGUUCAGCGUCAUGCGCAGCAUGCGGAAGACUUUUGCCCGCUACCUGUCCUUCAGGCGUGACAACAACGAGCUUCUGCUAUUCAUACUGAAGCAGCUGGUGGCAGAGCAGGUGGCGUAUCAGCGUAACCGCUUUGGGGCCCAGCAGGACACCAUCGAAGUGCCAGAGAAGGACCUGGCAGACAAGGCCCGGCAGAUCAACAUCCACAACCUCUCUGCCUUCUAUGACAGUGAGCUCUUCAGAAUGAACAAGUUCAGCCAUGACCUGAAGCGCAAGGUGAUCCUGCAGCAGUUCUGAGACUCGGGCCGCCAGCGCUCCUUUGCCUCAGCAGGGUGUCGGUCCCAUCCCACUGUGGACACAGCACCCAGUGCCCAGAGCUCAGGGACGGUGGGAUUGGGGUCUCAGGCUGUGAUGUGGAAUGGCAGUAUUUAUUUUCAACUCCACUUCCUGCACCUUCCAUUGGGCUCGUGACCAGCACCUCUGGUGGGCAGCCUCCCACCUGCCUGCAGGGGGAUUGUCCGCCUUAUUGCUGGCGUUCAGGUGUAUCUAGACGGCAUUUGUUACUGGAACUGGUGACAUAUUGGCAUGACUUUCCUGUCUGGGCUUUUCCCGAAGAGCAAUUCAGAUGCCUUUGCGGUUUUCUCCAGAGCUCUGUCCUGCUGUUCUUGGAGUCUCUACUGGAAGACCGUAGGGCCCUGCCAAGUGCCCAUGCUCACAAAGCGGCAUGGUGCCUGUCGUCACCUUUGCUGUGUAUUACCUGCUUUUUUUGUAUCCAGUUCCUCUGGUUGCUUUUUGUACAUUGAGUUUUUGUAGUUUCAACUUUGAAUAAAGUGGAAUAAAACCUUCA